CACGUAGCUGUCUACGUAGACUACAUGCUACCACCGUGACGUAGACUGUCUCCGAUGCUGGAUAGCAACGGAAUACACCCACUAUGUGCUCAUGUGUGUAAGCCUUUGGCAGUGCUGACCGGUGCUGACUGCCGACACCACCGCAGUUGUCGCACGCGACCUUAGCGUAGUGCGCGAGGAGGCGGACAAAGUUAUGGUGAAACUGCGCUAAGUAACCACCUGCAAAGCUUUUCGUAUUCAUAGUUAUUCUGUGAGACGAAAUAGCUAGGAAAACUUGUGGAGCAUCUUGGAAUUGACUGCAUCACUGAAUUUACACGGAGGCAUAGCACGGCGGCAACAUGGAUUUUGUCGAAACUGUUCAGAAGAAGGUGCAUAAAGCUCAAGAAUUGAUAAAUGAAAUUGAAACAAGCAGGAAGUGCCUCCAAAACAACUGCGAAACUCAAUCCAGGAAUGGAAUGAACUCCCAGAUGCAAUUGCCAUGGAGCAUGAUCCUGAAGAAUUUAAAGAGCAGUUGCUUUCACAUUUUGGAAAUUAGAAUUCUCAAAGAUGACAUAGACACUGCUUGCAACCAGCAGAUAGCUGCUGUUUGUCAACGAAAGGACCAGUUGUGCCACCAGGUUGAAUUGCUGGCUGCUGAACAGGAGAGGCAACUUCAGUCAGAUUUGGCAAAGUUACACCAAUAUCAAGGCAGCCUGUUGUCAGUGCUUCAGCUGUAUGCUGCUGGUACACUCAAGAAUGACAGCAAUGCUUUCACUUGUCUGCAAGAUCUUGAACUCCCAAAUGUGACAACAGGAGUGCCACAGCUGCACUUUGCCAAAACGGGGGAGAAGGAGCUAGAAAAGGCAGUGCGAGGCUUUGGCUGUGCCAAGCUGCAUCAUGUCAGUGCACCAGUUGGCAACUUCAAGGACAGUCAAACCAGUCUUUUCAGUGGGGAAUGUGCUAAAGUCUCUGACUCAAAUGAACCUUGGCUGCUAUGUGACAUGGAUAACUGCAGUGGUGAGGAUGAAGUGGUGGCUGCCUCCUUGCCGAAGUCCCUCUCGGCAACAUCCAGUUCCAUUGAGGCGGUGUCAAUGGAUGAGGACGACACGCCUGGCACAUUUCAUAAGCUGGUGGAAGACCACCCUAAAUGUAACCGUGUGGUACAAGACCAAUCAUCUUGGCUUUUGCCGAACAAUGAAUACAUUGGGAAGAAUGAACUUUUCAAGCUGACAAGAACAUUCAGUGAAAUGAAGACUUCAGACCUCAGAAAUGAAGAGACCAACUGGCUGCUUCUACCAAAGGAUUUCGUUACUUGCAAAAGUGAUUUGGUCAUGAGCAACACAUCAGAUGUCAACUCCGAGUGGCUAUGUGCUAGUAAAGUCAGCCCUAUGUUGACAAGCUGGUCAUACACAACGAAAAUACGAGAUAUGUUUAAGCCAUACUUUGACCAUAGAAACAACAGCAUCUGGAUAGCAAAUGCACCAUAAUUUUUAUACAUAAUAGAUAAUGGGAAGAAAAAUAAAUGUUUUAUGCUCAUGUA